AUGUUGUCGCUAUCUGAAGACUCAAAUUCCGAUCGCAAUCGGGUGACGACUUCCGCUGCAGCGUUCAUAACCGCCCGUGGCCCAGCCAUACACGUUGGUCUUGCUGGCUCAUCGCACUACAGUGAGGAGGAAAGUCGCUUCCUGCCUAUGGACUCGUAUAGUUCACUUGAACAACUUCUCAAGCACUACUUACCCGAAAAUCUCGGCAUCAAUUUUGAGAAUAAUGCCGAAAGACUAGAGCAGAUUUCCGAAAGGCUUAUAAACGCUCAAAAAGCUUUUACCGAUCGAGAUAACAGGUGGUGGUACUCAUUAUGGCGCAACAUAGGGGAGGAAAAAUACGCCCUUCAAGGAUGGAUUGCUCUGAUACCAAAUGAAUAUGGUCUUGCAAUAGUCAAGACCGGACUAGCUGUCGUAUUCAAGUUGGCCGAAAGGUCUGCCAACAGAGCCGCGAAAAUACAUCGGGUAUUCUCGAGCAUUCGCGAUGCCCUCACUCACGCCGAUCCUACAAAGAGAAGUUUUCGCGGAAACAAAGAUGUUGCGGAGAUGGCUGAUAACCUGACACAAAGUAUUGUUGACUCUAUAGAGGACAUGAUAUUGUUAACAACGAAGAACAAGUCCUCCUGGCGAAGGAAACUAUCACAUCUGCCCAAAUUCAGCCAGAAGAUCACACCUCCAGAUAUUGACGGUAUAUUGGAAAAGGUGGAGAAGUCCACCGAGGAAUUUGAGCGGGUGGUCGGUCUCGUUCGGGAUCGAACUAUAGAGGUCACAGGUUAUAUGACACACGCGAUGACCUCACAACUAUCAGUGGUUCAGGAUGACAUUCAUGGUGCCAGAGAUACAUUGGAAAGACUCAUCGAGAAGGAGGAUAUUCGAUACCAAGACUCCACCAAGUUAUGCAAAAUCCUUUGCAGUGUUCUUCAUCAAAUCGCAGAGCGAGAGAAUACCUUACAGAACACCCAAAUUCAAGCGAGGAAUGGGUUGAUGGAGGUGUUGAAACAGAGUCAAAGUGAGCAAUAA